AUGCAGCAAAGACGCACUUCAAAACCGACACCCAAGUCUUCUCAAUUCAAAAGAAUGCAGAAGCCAAGAAUGCAAGGAGGUUUGCACACAUUGGCAGCUGAUGGUACUCCCAACGGGUUCCACCCACCUACAGACGGGGUGUUCCGAGCCAUCCCCAACGUGGUUCCGCAGCCGAACGGCAAAAUCUUCUCCCAGCACGGGGUUUGGACGGCCACCAUCGAGAUAGUGGGGGAAAUGUACCAAGCGUACUUCGACUCGCAAGAAGACGCCUUGGAGGCUUUCAACGCGGCGGGCUAUGGGUAG